AUGGUUCCUGUUAGUUUAGAAACUUGCACCCUCGAAUCCUCUUGCAAGCUCCCUCUAUCGGAAUAUAUUUUCCGAAGAAUUGCCUCUUUGGGGAUCCACAACAUCUUUGGUGUUCCAGGCGAUUAUAACUUGUCCUUUCUUGAACAUCUUUACUCUGUUCCAGAACUCAGUUGGGUUGGUUGCUGUAACGAAUUGAACUCAGCUUACGCCACUGAUGGAUACUCUCGUACUAUAGGUCAUGAUAAGUUUGGUGUCUUAUUAACAACACAAGGUGUCGGUGAGUUAAGUGCUGCAAACGCAAUUGCCGGUUCCUUUGCUGAACAUGUUCCAAUCUUACAUAUAGUAGGUACCACUCCAUAUAGCCUCAAACACAAAGGUAGCCAUCACCACCAUCUGAUCAAUGGAGUUUCAACUAGGGAACCAACCAAUCAUUACGCUUAUGAGGAAAUGUCAAAGAAUAUUUCUUGCAAAAUCCUUUCUUUAAGUGAUGAUUUAACAAAUGCUGCUAAUGAGAUUGAUGAUCUUUUUAGAACUAUUUUGAUGCUUAAGAAACCAGGUUAUCUAUACAUACCAUGUGAUUUGGUAAAUGUUGAAAUCGACGCUUCCAAUUUACAAAGUGUCCCUGCAAACAAAUUAAGGGAAAGAGUGCCCUCUACAGAUAGUCAGACUAUUGCUAAAAUCACUUCCACAAUUGUUGACAAGUUACUAAGUUCUUCCAAUCCAGUCGUUUUGUGCGAUAUCCUAACAGAUAGGUAUGGUAUGACUGCUUAUGCUCAAGAUUUGGUUGAUAGCUUGAAGGUUCCUUGUUGUAAUUCUUUUAUGGGUAAGGCUUUGUUAAAUGAAUCUAAAGAACAUUACAUUGGAGACUUCAAUGGCGAAGAGUCUAACAAAAUGGUUCACAGUUAUAUUUCAAACACCGAUUGUUUCCUUCAUAUAGGUGAUUACUAUAACGAGAUCAAUUCCGGGCACUGGUCCUUAUAUAAUGGUAUCAACAAAGAAUCAAUAGUCAUUCUAAAUCCAGAAUACGUCAAGAUUGGCUCUCAAACUUACCAAAAUGUAUCAUUCGAAGAUAUUUUACCUGCUAUCUUAUCAUCUAUAAAAGCAAAUCCUAACCUGCCAUGCUUCCAUAUUCCCAAAAUUAUGUCAACUAUUGAACAAAUUCCUUCAAAUACCCCGAUUAGCCAAACAUUGAUGCUUGAAAAGUUACAAUCUUUUCUCAAGCCUAAUGAUGUUUUAGUGACCGAAACUUGUUCCCUCAUGUUUGGCUUACCUGAUAUUAGGAUGCCUGAGAAUUCCAAAGUGAUUGGACAGCACUUUUAUCUAUCGAUUGGUAUGGCAUUACCAUGUUCAUUUGGUGUCUCUGUCGCCUUGAAUGAACUAAAGAAAGAUUCAAGAUUAAUUCUUAUUGAAGGUGAUGGUUCUGCACAGAUGACUGUACAAGAAUUAAGUAAUUUUAACCGUGAAAACGUUGUUAAGCCUCUGAUAAUUCUGUUAAAUAAUAGUGGAUACACCGUUGAAAGGGUUAUCAAGGGUCCAAAGAGAGAGUACAACGAUAUUAGACCUGAUUGGAAGUGGACACAGCUUCUUCAAACCUUUGGUAUGGAUGAUGCCAAAUCUAUGAAGGUUACUACUCCAGAAGAGUUAAAUGAUGCUCUCGAUGAAUAUGGUAAUAAUCUAUCAACUCCAAGGUUACUGGAAGUUGUGUUGGACAAGUUGGAUGUUCCUUGGAGAUUCAAUAAAAUGGUGGGUAAUUGA